UCUUAUCACCACAAUGCAGUUGGCAGUAACGAGGAGCUGAGUAGUGAACCGUCAAAACGCUUGAAUCACGCAUGGUACAUGCCCCAAAUUCAUGACAUUUUUAGUCAAAGAUUUUCGUGCGAAGUAGCGGUUUUGGAAAAGAAGCCUUGCACAGUUAAAAAUUGUGUGUGACCUAUGUGAAUUUUUCGACAUCAAGAUGUUUGCAAUGAGAGCUCUCUCACUUAUCAGGAAGACUCCUACACCUGGUGCAUACCAAGAUUUGUUAGCUGUAGACAUUUGCAAAGGUUUUGGUGUUUCAUUCGCAAAUAAAAGCAGAAGUGAAGGCGCGCGCUUCGUGACUACUUCUUCCCUCCAUUAUUCAGACAAACCAAUAGUAUCAAGAAUAAAGGACACAGCUGAGGAUGCGAAGAAACAAAAGCAAAGUGAGAAGAAGAAGCGGGACUUCAUUCCGAAGAUAACUGUACUAGAUACUAAUGGGAAUAUCAGUGUGUUGACUAUGACUGAAGCAUCAAGUUUAGCAGAACGAAGAGGCCUAAAGUUAGUUUAUGUACGUGAUGACACGAAAUCAGGCCGAAAGGAAUACAAGUUAGUGUCCAAGACAGACUUGGUGAAAGCAGAGUUAGCAGAGUUAGGAAGUGAUGAAGAGAAAUCUAAGAAAACUUCAGAAAGAAAAACUAAGUUAGUUGCAGUAGCUUCAAAAAUAGAGGAAAAUGACUUAAAGGCUAGAAUAAAGAAGAUGCAUCAAUGGUUAGAGAAGAAGUAUGAGACUCGAGUGACUAUAGAUAUUGUGCAUGGAGAUUCAGCUAAGGCUGAGGAAAUAUACAAGGCAUUUGAACGAGAGUUUGAGAAAUUAGGGAGACUGCGACAGAAAGUUGUGAAAGAGGACAGCAUUAAAUUUGUUUUACUACCUCCAGCAGAGGAAAAAGAAAAACCGAAAGAAAAGAGAAGAAAAAAGCAACCGGCAACUGAUGAACUUUCAGAGGACAAAGAGACUAUAGCACCAUCUUAAAAAUAUGUUCGUUUAAAGUUGCCUUAAUUUGUUAAAUUUAUUUUGUUCCUUAAAUUUUUUUGUUCACUUAGGUUAGUAAAACUUUGAUGCUAUAAUUAACAGUGAUAUGUUGUUUCAGGAAUGUUAAUUUGUAAAUUCCUUCCUAAAGUUGCUGCAAAACAGAUUUUCAAAGAUUUUUUCUAAGCAUUAUGAACUCUUGAGAUCCCUAUUAAUAAAUUAUAUAGGAUUUUCAGGACCUUUUUAAGGUAGAUAUUUGAUGAAUGCCUCAGUGGCUCCUUAUUUGACUUACGAAUGAUCUGUUGAUAUUUAUGUUAUGUACCUAAUUUUAAACGGACUCAUUUUCUCUGUCCUCUUAAAAAAAAGAGCACUGGUUUGUUCUGGCUCGUACUGUAAUAAAAUGUAAUGUAAAUUCAUCCUUACUUCUUGUAAUUCUUAGUUGUUAUAAUAAAUAUUUUUUGAGAUUGAAA